AUGUCAUUAUUACCUGAAGUUAUCUCAAAUUUAGCUUUAGACGCUUCAAGACUAAAUGAUUUCACAGCCUAUCUUUCAAAAAACCAUUGCCUAGAAACCUUUCAAUUCAUCCAAGAUGCCUCGAGAUACCGAGCUUAUUACGCAGAGAUAGUCGAGGAUAAAGAAAUCCCUUGGGAAUAUCUAAGACGCCAUUACGAUUACCUGCAGGAACUAUGGGAAGAUAUUCUAGGCACUUACAUCCUUCCUAACGGACAUCGCGAGGUCAACCUUCCCUCUGAAAUUAGGACUCGACUUCUUGGGUUACGUUCUUCUGCACUUCCUCCACAUCCAUCGGGAUUAGAUGAUGCCGUGAAGACCGUCCUUGAGCUCAUGGAAGACUCGAUCCUACCUGGGUUCAUGGAGUCUUAUGAGUCGCUGGAUCGACCUGGAGGUAGAGGAGAGGUUGGUGGUUGGAGGGGAGUUCUCUGCAGACUUCAGCGGAAAAUCUCAACGACCACAUCAGAACAGAACUACAAAGAGUCUGUGCCGCGGGCUUCCGAUUCGAGAGAUGAUAGUGAGGCCACUCAUUGUACACGCCGCCGCUUCCUAGCAGUCGCAGCCGCAUCGCCUUACAACCAUCUACGGCGGCCCCUAGGAGGGUUGUUCGACCAUACUGUUUGCAAUGUCAGGGGUAUAAGAUGGUUAAAGUUGCCGCUAGAGAAGGAUGGAGCAGCAGCAGACACCGAGAUCGAUGAUAGGGAUGAGCAGGUCAGCGCAAAGCUUCUCGAAUAA